AAGGGGGCAGGGCUGCUCGCCGCAGUCACCCUUACCCAUACCGCGCCGGGGAGGAGAGAAAAAGGCCCCGCUCCGGCGGAGGGAUACAGCGCUCCAUAUAUAGCGGCGCGGCGCAGGCUCACACCCCCAGCACUUCUCGCACCGCGUCAGGGAGGAGGUAGCAGCCGCCGCCGCUCGUGGUCGCGCAGUUCGUGCAGCCGCCGUCGGGCCCGCCGCCGCGCCAUGGCUGACCAGCUGACUGAAGAGCAGAUUGCUGAAUUCAAGGAAGCCUUUUCCCUAUUUGACAAAGAUGGUGAUGGUACUAUCACAACAAAAGAACUGGGAACUGUCAUGAGGUCGCUGGGUCAAAAUCCAACAGAAGCAGAAUUGCAGGAUAUGAUCAACGAGGUAGAUGCUGAUGGUAAUGGCACUAUUGACUUUCCUGAAUUUUUAACCAUGAUGGCCAGAAAAAUGAAGGACACAGACAGCGAGGAAGAAAUCCGUGAGGCAUUCCGAGUUUUUGACAAGGAUGGCAAUGGCUAUAUCAGUGCAGCAGAGCUACGUCAUGUUAUGACAAACUUAGGAGAAAAGCUAACAGAUGAAGAAGUAGAUGAAAUGAUCAGAGAAGCAGACAUUGAUGGGGAUGGGCAAGUCAACUAUGAAGAAUUCGUACAGAUGAUGACUGCAAAGUGAAGAGACCUCCUUUACACCUUUUUUCCUCUAGAAGAAUCAAAUUGAAUCUUUUACUUACCUCUUGCAAAAAAAGUUCAUUUAUUCAUUCUGUUUCUGUAUAGCAAAACUGAAUGUCAAAAUACCUUCUGUCCACAAACUGCAUGUAAUGGUUGGUGGUCCUGUCCCCAAAAGAUCAAGUUAAACAUCAGUUUUACAAUAUAAUUAAUUGUACUACCUUGAAAAAUAAAUAAAUUAAAAAAAAAAAAGGAAGCACUUAGUGAACUCGAAAGUUCCAUUUGCUAAUGACUAUUACACUGUUUGGGCUGGCCAGUUUUUCAUGCAUGCAGCUUGACAAUUGAGCACAGUCAGACAUUUGUAUUAAAAGGAAAAAAAAAAAACAA